AUGGAUUCAAGUAUCACUAAACUUGUAUUUUGUGUAGCAUUUCUUUUACAGAAUCAAGGCGAUUUCCUUGUUCGACAAACAAGUAAACGUUCCAGUGGUCGUGAUACCAUAGCUCAUUGGAAUGGAACUAAUGGUGAUUUAAUCAAUGGUAAUCAUAAUGACACAAUAUUAAAUAAAGAUCAUAAUAUGGAUGGAACUGUUUUACGUAUGGUUUUAUCUGUCUUUUGGCAUGGUCAUAGACAUUUCAUUCUAUAUGGUGGACCAGAGACAGGUGAAGGUUGGCAUUUAGAAGACGGUCAUUUCUCCACAAUAUGGGAACUGAUUGAAUAUCACAUGAAAACUCAAACUCCCGUGACAGCGAAAUCAGGAGCAUGUCUUGGUAAUUUUGGUGAUGUUUAUCGAGGUGUAUAUAAUGGAUGUGAAGUUGCAGUGAAAACUUGUCGUGUUGAUAUGACUGCAUCAGAUUUACGUAGGAAAUUUCUACAAGGUGAAACAACUGCAUUAAAUUUUAAUCAUCCAAAUAUUGUCAAAUUAGUUGGUAUUGCUGUGCAAUCUUAUCCAAUUAUGAUUGUAAUGGAGUAUGUUCCAGGUGGUUCUCUGUUAAAUCAUUUACGUAAAUCAAAAAAUGCAUUACCUGUUAUGAAACUACUUCAAAUGAGUUUAGAUGCUGCUAAUGGUAUGAUGUAUUUAGAAGCGAGAAAUUGUAUUCAUCGUGAUUUAGCAGCAAGAAAUUGUUUAAUUUCUGAUGAUGGUCAAUUAAAAAUAGCUGAUUUUGGCAUGUCAAGAGAAGAACAUAUAUAUGAAUUAAGUGAUAAACGAGGUCAAAUCCCUAUCAAAUGGACAGCUCCUGAAGCACUUCGUACUGGUCGUUAUACUAUCAAAUGUGACGUUUGGUCUUAUGGUGUACUUUUAUGGGAAAUAUUUACUUUCGGUGAUGUACCUUAUCGAAAUUGGUCUAAUCAACAAACUAGGGAUAUGAUUGAAUCAGGUUAUAGAUUACCUGCACCAGAUUUAAUGCCAGUUUGGUUACGUACAUUAAUGAAUCAUUGUUGGCAUGAUGAACCAAUGAAUCGGCCAAGUUUUUCAAAAAUUUCUAAUGAAAUACAAAUACCUAAUGUCAAUUCAUUUACACCAAAUUUAAAUAGAUAUAUAGACAAUGCUCAAUUGAAGAAAUCUGCUAUUGACAAUCUAUCAACAACUCCAUUACAUUUAUCCGUUUCUGUUAAAGAUAGACGAACUAGAGAAGAUUAA